AUGACCGACACAACUGGACUUACUGUGCUGCUCCAGCCGUGGAUAUUGUGCUUUUUAUUGUUACAUUUUUGAAAAAGGCCACUUGAUGUUUUUUCUCUCUGGUUAUAAACCUUCUGAAUGGAACUUUGUUAAAGUUUGUUUCAGUAAAAGUCUGCUUGAGGAACAUGUUGAUAACAAAGAUUGAAGCCAAGGAGGCCUGUGAUUGGCUGAGGGCUGCCGGCUUCCCUCAGUAUGUGCAGUUAUUCAAAGACGGAAGGUUCCCCAUUGACAUCGAUUGGGCAAAGAAUGAUCAUCACUUCCUGGAUAAGGACGCCCUGGAUUCAGUCUGCAGGAGGUUAAACACUCUGAACAGAUGUGUGGAGAUGAGGCUGGAGCCGCGCAGAUCCAAGAGGAGGGGGGAGGACUGUGAUCCGGAUGAUGACUGUGCCAUCAGCCCCAGGUGGACCUUCGACAGGAGGACUCAGCGAUGGCGGCGCCUCCGCUCCGCGCUAGACUUAAAUGACCAGGCCGACGGCUUGGCGGGACGUGGGGACGUGUCUCCGUGUGACGUCAGUGACCGCCACGAAGUGUGCUCGCUCCACAGCACCAGCAGUGCCGAGAGCGAUGCCCAGGAGAGCAGCCGCUGCUCCUCCUCCACUAACAAGAGCUUGUCCCUGGACAGGUCCUUCAGCGGGUCGCCCCUCCCCCAGACGAGGAGGGGAGGAGGAGGAGGAAGCUCUUCCACACACAGUCUGGAGACUGAGCGCUGCUUCCCAGAGAAAACGCCCAGAAAGAAAGGACACGGCCUCCUGAGGAAGAUGGAGAAGCUGAGGCUGGUGUCCGCCCUGCUGCCUCCGGCCCACAACGGCAGCAGCGGCAGCGGUGGUGAUGGAGUAGCAGGGACCACCGGCAGUCCGGCCCACCUGAGGAUUCUGCCCCAUGAAGCUCCUAAAGAGGAGGAUCAGCUGAGAGAGAUGCAGUGCCUGAAGAGUACCAGCACCAGCCCAUCAGAGAGCAGCAGUGCCGUCAGCACCCCCAGCCCCGUCACACGGGUCAGGAGCAACUGGAAGCACUCCAACCACAAUGCCAUUGUCGGUGAUGGUCCGAGCCACAACAGACAGGACCAGCAGAACCACAGGCCGCUGCCGCACAGAGCCACCGAGGACCAUAAGAACCAGAUCAACAAUAACGACAACAGCCAUGAGAGUCUGGUCUUCCAGAUCCCCCGCGGACACAAGCCCGGCACCUUCCCCACCUCCCUGACUCACAAAGACACCAUCCUGUCCUCCAUCAUGGACAGCACCUCCGUCAACUGGAGGACCGGGAGCUUCCACGGCUGCGGGGGUGGGAGAGCUCGCCGGGCCGUCAGCAAGCACAGCGGCCUUUCCUCCUCUUCCUCCUUGGAGGUCGUCGGGCCCAGCCCCCUCACUGUGCCGGACCACCGCAUCAGUAUCUACGACAACGUGCCGGCGCAACAGGUGAUGGAGAUGGAAGAAAGCAGCGGCGGCAACAGAGGUGGAAGUGGGACUGAGGAGGAGACUGAGAUUGAUCACAUGGUCAGUCGGCUGAUGAGCGAUGAAGAGAUCUUGUCAGCGCUGGACAGCGUGAUGACGAAAAUCAAUGAUCUCCAGCAGCUGGUCUCCUCCUGGACUCCCCUGCCCAGGGCUCCUCACCCACCUCCCCUGUCUCUCCCCUGUCUCUCCUCUCUGGACCACAUCCACCUGGAUGUACAGGGUCCAGAUGACGGAGGAGAACAUGGAGGAGUGAGUGAGCGGCGCCAUUGGUCGAGCGAGCAGACCCUCUCCUCUGCGCCUCCUGGUCUGAGUCUGGAGAGCCAGUCUGUCUCCAGCCUCCAGCUCCUGCAGAAGCUCUCCCUACUGAAGCUCACCACCCUGAUGGACAGAUUCUCCCCAUCCUGCAAGCAAGGCUGCAACUGGACGGUCCCUAAGCCCCUGAGAAAGACUAAGGGGUCGGAGAUGAAGGGCAGACGGGUGUUUGGGGUUUCUUUGCUCCACAACAUUCAGCAAACUGGCGAGUCUCUUCCUCCCAGCAUCCUCGGAGCCAUGACCUACCUGAAGACCCAGUGUCUAGACCAGGUGGGUCUCUUCCGUAAGUCGGGGGUGAAGACUCGCAUCCAGUACCUUCGGGACCUGGUGGAGUCGGACCCAGACGGUGUUUCCUAUGACGGCCAGUCUGCGUUUGACGUAGCCGACAUGGUGAAGCAGUACUUCAGAGACCUGCCCGAACCCGUCUUCACCAGCAGCCUCUGCCAGUCCUUCCUCCACAUAUACCAAUAUUUCCCAAAAGAUCAGCAGCUCGUCGCCGUCCAGGCGGCCAUCUUGCUUCUCCCCGAUGAGAACCGGGAGGCGCUGCAGACGCUCCUCCUCUUCCUGCGUGACGUGGUGGCGUGUGUGGAGGAGAACCAGAUGACUCCCACCAACAUCGCCGUGUGCCUCGCCCCGUCGCUCUUCCACCUCAACACCCAGAAACGAGACGCCAACGCCACCAGGUCGGGUCACAG